ACUGCAAAUUUCGCUCUUACAACCUCCGAGGCCAAGGCGGCCUCCAGUUUACUUCGAGUUCAUCUUGAUGCCCUAACUUCCCGGCUUGAACAAGCUCGUCUUUUGGUUUAUUUGCCGUCUCCGCCUGCCACCUCAUCUCUGGUACAUGCAUACCACUCGGAGCACAGGCGGCAGCUUGCUCGAUUGCACUCUGCCGAUUCUAUUUUUACGAUUCCAAACAGAAGAUGUCUCGGGCAUGUAGACAUUGAUCUGGCGCACAGUUUGGCUCUCUGUCAUCGCCAUCUAUCAGCUGCGCUUGCGAAGGUGCCGGAAAAGACAUUAACCAGAUCACCGCUGCUUAUGGCACUGCAACAGGUGCUGAAAGACAUCACGUCGUGCCUAACAAGUGCUGCUGACUCCCAUUUUCAUCAGCCCUGUGACCAGAGAUUGUCGCCUAUACCACCAGAUUCAUCUGGAAGCUGUAUCCUGUCAUCCCCCUUGAAUUUGACGCCACAACCAUCACCACAACCAUCUCCAUUGCCAUCGUCACCUGCGGAGACGACGCUGCCAUCAACUUCUUCGUUGCAUUCAGCGCCAAAUAAACCAACAACCUGCAUUCCAUUUGAACAACCAGCAUUUCGACGAGGAACUUUCUCCCCGAGUCUUCUCAACCGCUUCUCUGCGCUUACACUCACUUGGGAGCAGGUGAAUUGGCCUACUGGAGCUUUAGGCAAUGGAGCUUGUUCUGAUACCAAUCGUUUGCUCAAAUGCCUACCUUCACUUCCGCCAGUAAGACGCAGUCCUUCUGCAUUUCACAAUUUCGAGACCACCUCUUCUGAACAUGAUCAGUUUACUUCCCCUUCUAUGACACCCUUCGACAUUAACAGUUAUGCGAUUACUUGCGAUGGGGGAACUUCUUCUACGAGCUCGACAAAAGCGGCCAUAAAUAGAGUCACUAAUAUUUCUCCAUUUCAAUCUACAGCGGGUAUUUCAUCCAAUUCAAAUGAUUCUGGAGCUAGUGAAUUUCAUCAUCCUUCCCGAAAUCAUAAUUUCCAUCUCUCGAGUGGAUUUGAAAACGAACAAAGCAAUUCAUACCUUGUCACUUCGAGGCACCGACUUGUUGCAUCACGAGACAAUUUGAGAGCAAUCAAAAUGGAAAAUAUUGCCACGAGCAAAACAGGCAAGAAUGUCGACCUAUUUCAACCUGAGCUAUCUUUAGGCCAACUUCGCACAUUCCCGAGGAACGAUGAAUUUCUUCGUAAGCCUCCGGUCCACCGUGAAAAAUCUGCCCAAAUAGUGGAUGGUUUUUCGCCCACCUAUCAAGAGCCCUCUCUGUCGCCCUCUUUUACAAACCCAAUCUAUGAACUGUUGCCAUCAGCAGCAGUACCUUGUCCGAACAACAAAAACUUGUAUAUACCUCAACCCUGCCUGGGUAUUGAUGACUAUAGACCCUCAAAGUUUUCCGAAAGAAAUGAUCGAGACAAUCUGCUUAAAUCGCAUAUCUUAGAUACUCGAAAUAAAGAUUAUUCACAGAAAGACUAUGUCCUUUGGCUUUAUGAACUUGGCGUUAGUGCUGCCCAAAACCAAUCUGAAAAUCCUUUAAUGGAGGAAUCUGAUGGCAACCAAAUCGAAACUUCUGGCAAUCUACAUGUUGCGCCAAACAAGGUAGGAGUCAUCGGGUCAGGUUUCAUGUUCCUUGAAAGUUUUAAAGCAAGGCUUUAUAGUAAUAAUUGUUACGAUGCCACUUGUGCACCAAACUAUGGCGACUUAAGUGGGAUUUUGUGA